GACGAGAUCCUUCGUCUGAAGGUGCCACACCAGGGGCAGCAGGAGGGGUCCCAGACCCUUGGUAUCGACAAGAUGAGGACGCUGAAUGGUUGAGGACCAACGAGUUCAGGACAGAGCAGGCCCCACACAACUGUCAGCGCUGUGCACCCCGACAGUGUCCAUGACUCAGUUCCUUCUCGUGGGCCCCAGGGAGCUUUGAGGUGUCACCUUUAGAGCAGCACAGGAAAGAGGUCCCGGCCCUACCAAGAGUCGAUGUGACAAUCCUGUUUGUGAACGAAAGGGACCCUUGGAACCCAGAGAGGGCCUACCCUACCAGGAUCUGUGGUCACCGCCGUCAGCCACAGGCAGGGCUGGCAGGCUGUAGCCUGAGGCUCACUCACUCUCGCUUCUUACCCUGGGUUCUCAGGGGACAGGCUGACCAAGAACAAGAGCCUAGUGGUUCCUAGAGCAGUGCCCUCAAGGAAACGUGCAGAGCGGCCUUCUUCAAGUCAGGGUGGGACCUCCCUGCUGAAGGUGCUCACACCCUCUCACCUUCCCUCCUCCAGGUUCCAGCAUCACCUGCUCUCCUGCCCACUCCCCCGCUUGCUGUCCCUGCCCAUAGUCAUGCCUCGGGGGCAGAAGAGUAAGCUCCGUGCCCGCGAGAAGCGCCACCAGGCCCGGAGGGAGACCCAGAAUCUCGGGGGUGCUCAGGCCACUGCAGCACAGAGAGAAGAGUCGCCCUCGUGCCCCUCUUCUCCUUCUCGGGGUACUCCCCCGAGCUCCCCUGCUGCUGGCCCUCGCCAGGAGCCUCAGGGAGCCCCAGCCACUAGCUCUCGUGCUGCAGGGGUUUCAGGCCCAGGAUCUGAUGUGCGUGCCAAGGUCCGGGUUGAGGCAAGGAGAAAUUCCUCCCAGCCUUCAGCCUCCGGUGAGAGCUUUCAGAGAGAUCCUCUGAUCAAGAAGGUGGGAAUGUUGAUAGAAUUCCUGCUGGAGAAGUAUACAGUGGAAGAGCCCAUUAUAAAGGCAGACUUGCUGAAGCUUGUGAACAAAAGGUACAAGAGGAAGUUCCCUGAGAUCCUCAGGAGAGCUGCUGAGUGUGUUCAGCUGGUCUUUGGUCUUGAGUUGAAGGAAGUCAAGCCGGGUGGUGAUUCCUAUGCCCUUGUCAGCAAGCUACAUGUCAGCGAUGAUGGGCGUCAGAGCAGUGGCGGGCGGUUUCGGAAGAAUGGGCUUCUGAUGCUUGUCCUCGGUGUGAUCUUCUUGCAUGGCGACCGCGCCUCUGAGGAGGAGAUCUGGGAAUUCCUGAAUGGUUUGGGUGUUUAUGUUGGAAGGUGUCACAUAAUCUUUGGGGAGCCCAGGAAGCUUAUCACAGAAGAUCUGGUGCAGGAAAAGUACCUGGUGUAUCGUCAGGUGUGCGACAGCGAUCUCCCGUGCUAUGAGCUCCUGUGGGGCCGGAGAGCCCACGCUGAAACCAGCAAGAUGAAAGUCCUGGAGUUUAUGGCCAAGGUGACUGGUACCGUCCCCAGUGCCUUACCAGAUCUCUAUGAGGAGGCUCUGAAAGAUGAGGAAGAGAGAGCCCGAGCCCGAGCCCGAGCCAGAGCUGCAGCCAGGGCUGGUACUCGAGUCAAGGCCAGUGCGCCUUCCAAGGUCAUGUCUAGCAGUUCCUCCCACCCUUAGUGAGGUCUGAGGCAGCUUCUUCACUUUGUGUUUGACCAACGCUGCCAACCUUUUCAGUAGUGAGAGGCUAAGCUGGGGCUGGAAAGCUCAUAAUGUAUAUCUUCUUUGUGUUCCUGUUUUACACUAGUAUCUUUCAAAUGUUUCUUUCACUAGAAUGUUUCUUUAGAUUCAGAAUCCAAGUUUAUAAAUGACAUGGAUCACAUAUUUGUUGUUGUUUAUCAGGUUUAAGCGUAAGAGUUUAGGUACCGUGUAGUACGAUGUGAAAACUCCUUGCAUGUUUCUGGGGUUCUGGACUGAGAUAAUAUGGCUUUGGAAUAGGAAUUUUCUUGGAAAUGUGAAAGAAUGCUGUGGUUUUAAAAUGAAAAGCAAAGUAAAGUUUAGUCAAAUUUUGGUUUGUCUUAUUCACCUUUGUCUUUCUCUUUGGAAAAUUCAAAGAUAUACACCUAGAUGUCCUUAGCUUAUUCAAGAAUGCCGACAAAAUUAGAUAGUAAUAAGUUACAUUCCUCACUCAGUGCCUCAUUGAUUCCCAUCUGUAAUUGAGCAUCUGCUCUUUGGAAGGUUCUGUGCUGGUAGUGAUGAUGCUAAGAUAAAAAAGACCCUGCACCUGCAUGUAGAUGUUGAGAGUAUAAGAGCAGCUAUUAUAUAAGGAAGGUGGUGUGAUGGAAAAACCCAGUGAGGAUGGUGGGGAGAGAGUCCAGAUGAGAGCAGUGAAGUAUAAAUUCUCUUAGCCAGAACACUUUGAGGUUUGGUUAUUUUGCAAAUCCCUCCUUGGGAGGUAAUUUUAAGUUGGCUGCAUGGUGGGCUAGAUGAGGCUGUGAUAAUGGUGAGCAGGGGUCCAGUGCU